AUGGAGGCCCAGAAUAGUGACAAAGAAACUACCUCACUGGAAAAGCCCUCAUUACCAGCUUCUGAUGGGUUUCAAAAUCCAGUCCAGUCUUCAGAACUAAGUUCCAAGAUCUGUAAUCCCGCAAAUCAAUUACUUGAUCGUUCCGUCUCUGCCCCUGCUUCAAUUUGCUCACCCAUAUCUAGCCUCGCAGAGCCUACUGAUCCUAGAGCCAUGAAGUCCUUGGAGCCUUCAGGUGAAUGCCAGAUAUCCCCAGAAAAAGAACAUCCUCUCUUAUUCCGGCCUCUUUCCAAUAAUGCUUCUUUGCCAAAUACUGACGGUUCUCUUCAGGCGGAGGAGGUAACCUGUUGCAGUCCAACUUGCCUUUCACAGAACACACUCAAAGAAACAUUUGCUGACAGUCUAAAGGAAUGUAAUGCUAAAGAACAAGGCCAUGGUCAGGACCCUCCUUUAGAAGUAACACCAGGAAACAGCUUGGCUGACACUGCUGCUAAGCAUGGGCAAAAUAAAGAAGUACCAGAACAGGAGGAACAAAAGAACCAGCUUCCCAGAGAUUAUCAGAUCUGCAAAGAACCAGUGAAUGAACAUCUGGAGAAACAAAAUGAGACAACUGACCCAGAACGUCCUCGUGGUGUUGGUGGGGUUGAGAAACCAGCUGCAGAAGAGGAGCAUUGCAAAGGCAUCCAUCCAGAAAACUCCCCUGCAGAAAUGAGAGGAAAUGGGGAAUGGCAAGCUGAGAAUGGAAGUGUAUCUGAUGUGAGCUCGGAUCCUCCUUCUAUGGAGGUGGAGUCCCUGAAGUCUGACUCCUCCUUGAAUGAUCCAGUUUCCAUUUGUGAUGUGCUGCAGUCUGAAGACACCAAUGAAAUUUCUGCAGAGUAUGAGUUGCCUAAUUUAACCUCUGAAAAUAGCUCUUGCCCCUCCAGCAUCCAUCAGCUGGACACUGACCCAGGAGCAUCCUCAGAAGAGUCGUAUUUCUCUCUUGCAUCAGCCUUGAAAGAGCUUCACAAACUCUUGAUUAUCAGUCGCAAAGGAGAUUGUAAAAUCCUCCCAUCUGAAGAAGUUUCUCAGUUGGAAAUAGCUCACAAGGAACAAGCAAACCAGGCGGGGCUUCCUGAAGAUAAGCAUGAAGAUGUAGAUCCAAACAGCCAGGAACAAAACUGCCCUUUCAGUAAGGAGAGCUCUGAAGAUAGAAAUGCAGAGCAACCACUGGGGGAAGUGCAUGGUGAUUGUGGAGCAGAAAAUGUUUGUGUCACAUGUAUCAGUCAUACACAGUCAGCUGGCAGAAAAGAUGUUACAGAGAUGCAGAAGCUUUCAGGUAAGAGUGAUCUGAUCAUGCUGAAUUCUGCCAUGACAUCUGCUGACCAGCAACAGAGCUUUGGGCAGACAAAUAUUUUGGCAGAAUGUGAUAGGAACCCAACAAAUCUGACUUCAGAGGCAAAUGCAUCUGUUCCUGCUAAACCUACUUUGAAUAAAGAUGUGUCUGAAGAUACUCAGAGCUUGCUCACGGGAGCACCUGGGAGAAGCAGCACCUCAACUCCCAAAGGUCCAUGGCUGUCAUGGGGGUUUGAGGAACCAAGGCUGCACCUGCCUGCUGGCUCUUCUGAACUCACCUCCGCUGCUUCUCCACCGCCCGCCUUCCCUGUGGCCGACAUCAAUCGGAUCCUCUGCGCUGGUUUCACCAUGCAGGAAGCUCUUGAAGCUUUGGAACAGGCAGAUGGAAACGCAGACCUUGCUCUUCUCAUUUUGCUGGCCAAGGGUAUUGUUGUUCCUACGUAACUGCAGAUGAAGUAGCUGACUGGAG